CAAACUACGUCAUUGCCGUGGUUUUGUCAACCAUCGCUUCCGUAAAGCUUUGGCGGGAGAUGCAAGUAGUCCGGAAACAAGCUCAGCUUGUUUUGCAAUCGCGAUUCAUAAGUCAUAACCGAACAGCCAGGAGACCGUUCUCUUAAUACAUCAAUGCAGGAGACACAUAACGUUUCAUUAAAUAAUGGAAAAUGAUGCCCUCGUGCAGACAAAUGAUUGGAGCAACACUAAGGAGGCUGUUGCGAACUUUCGACGACUGCUACUUUGCUCCAAAUGCUCAAAUUUAAUGACUGAACCUGUGUGUCUAGGAAUGUGCGAGCAUAUGCUGUGCAGGUCCUGUGCUGGCCCCCGGGUAGGAGAUGGCUGUGUCGUGUGUCAGAGUCCUGCGUGGGUGAAGGACAUCCAAAUCAACAGGCAGCUCAACAGCAUCAUACAGCUCUUCUGUGGUUUGGAGUCCCUGCUCAAUCCCAUAGAACAUCCAGACUCCCCUCUAGCCGAGAUUCAAACGCAACCUCAGAGCCCUGUCUUUAAACACAAGAAAAACUUUAAGAUCUGGUUCAGCCCCCGUAGCCGCAAGGUACGCUGCGUGGUGGAGAAGCCUUCAGAGGUCACCGUACCGGCGAGCACGUCUUCUGGAGAAACAGCCGCUGCACAGCCAGACACCCUUAAUGCUCAAUGCCAGGACCUGUCGGUUUUCAAUUUCACCUCGUCCUCCCAAGAUUCUGGCUCUUCUUGUUCUCAAAGAUGCAAAAAUGAGAACAGGAAGAAGAGGUCAACUAAGAAAAAUGCUGCCAGCAGGAAGGUGUCAGUGCAAGGAGCCACUAGCACCACACGAAAACGGACCAAGCAGAAGAUGAAGAAGAACAGGCUGGAGGCUAUAAACCAGCAAUGGGGGAUUACCAAGGAAGAAGAUGCUUUAAAGGAAAAGGAGCAGCCCUGUGCUGAAGGGGCAAGGAGGUCCAGUAAGAGAGUUUCCUUCCGAAGCCCUGCUGUUACGUCUGACGAACCUCAGCCUGAAGUGCCAGAGGGGAGUACUAAUGAACUCUGCUCUAGCAGAAGCACCAUAACGGAGAGUCUCUUAGGACGCAACAUCACUGUACUUAAUGACCAAACCCAGUCUGGUCAGAGAAUGUCGGACAGUGUCCGUCAGCAUGACAAAACAGCCUGUCCUGAAAAACAGGACAACGUAUCUCCCCCAAAGCAUUCAUCAAAAAGAUCCAGAGUAGAGAAGGUUGCCACAUUGGAGACCACACCAAAAAGGCCCAGGGCUUCCCCAGGCAGGCGGAGAAUAUCACAGAUGUCACCAGCUGUGCUUAACCCUCUUUCUUCAGCAAGCCCCAGGUGUGAUAAGAGCAUUAAAAACUCAGGACAAAAGCAAGGAGACAGCCCCUCUGUCCUAGCCACUGUUGGUAGAAAAUCUCUUGGUGCAUCUGUUGGACGCCCCACCUCAGGGAGCCCUGCGGUUAUGAAGAGGAACCACAAGGGAGAGAGCCUGCUGCACCUAGCUGCAAUAAAGGGAGAUGUAGAGGCUGUCAAGGAACUGCUGGACCAGGGGGCUGACCCUAACCUGAAGGAUAAUGCUGGGUGGACACCUCUGCAUGAAGCAUGUAACCUGGGUCACCUGGCGGUCGUGGACGUGUUGGUCUCAAGGGGAGCCCUGUUGAAUACGCCUGGCUAUGAAAACGACUCUCCGCUCCAUGAUGCUGCGAGGAACGGACACACAGCCAUUGUCAAACUGCUGCUGCAGCUUGGAGCCUCGCAGAACGUACUUAAUCUGUAUGGAAAGCGGCCUGCUGAUUACGCAGUGAGUUUGGAGAUACUGGCGAUUUUCAAAGAAGCCUCAGAAGGAACCCAAUAUGCUAAUACAUCUCUGAGCCCCUCAGCAAGUCUCUCUAUGGUCAGCGACUGUGUGAGGAGGGAUGAAAUGGUGGUGUUUCUGGCCAGCAAGCUGUCACAGCCAGAACGGCUUCAAGUGUCAAAACUGGGAGAACUACUCGGAGGGAGGCUGGCCGACACCUUUUCUGGCUCAGUGAGCCAUGUUGUGGUGCCAGAAGGACACAUGCCCAUCACUAACUCCACCCUCCUGGGUCUUCUUGCUGGCUGCUGGGUUGUCAAAUUCAGCUGGGUGGAGGCAUGUCUGCAGGCAGGCAAGAGGAUGCCCGAAACUGAGCACGAAGCGGGAGAAGGCCCCCAGCGCAGCCGCAUCAACAGAUGUAGCUUGCUCCCGCCACUCUUCGAUGGCUGCUUCUUCUUCCUCCUUGGCUCCUUUAAGGCGCCUUCCAAAGGCGAGCUCACCAAGCUGCUCCAGGAAGGAGGUGGUCAACUCCUGAGCCGGCAGCCCAAGCCCGACAGCGAUGUGACACAAACCCUGAGUGCCGCCGCCUACCACGCACUGCCAGGCUCCGACCAGGCCCUCUGCACCCAGUACAUUAUCUUUGACCCCCAGGGCCCCCACAAGCCGGCAGUAGUGAGGCGAGGUAAGGUGUGGUCAGCUCCCUCCACCUGGCUCAUCGACUGCGUCACAGCAUUCCGCCUCCUCCCCGUGUCAGUCAAAGCGUCGGUCUAAACAAUUUUUUGUAUAUUCAAUAAUAAUUUUGCAUGGAGAUAUCACUUGUCCAUUGAGUAUGGUCAUCAUGUUUUUUUUUUUUUUUUUUUUUUGUUUUUUUUAUAUCUGGUGAUUUCGCAACACGAAUCACAUUAACAAUAAUAAAACAAUUAUGUGGCUCUUAAUAUCUAAAAUUG